GUAGGCGUACCCUCUGCCUACCUGGGGACCUCUGGCUGGUUGGGGUAGCGUCCCGGAGCAGCUCUGAGACCGCGGGGAGCAGCUCCCAGGAAGCGGCUCAUCUCGUCUCCUCUCGCAGGCCAGGUUCCCGUUUUGGACCUUCGCCGUCGGAAGACCUUGCGGUCGUCUGGGACCCCUUACCGAGUUCGACCACCCCUUGCUCUCAUUCCCAGCUCACGCAGGACAUUGUAGGAAGUGCGCGGUACGCCUCAGGGCACCCAUGCAUCUCCCGGGGAGAAAGUGAAAAGGUUCCCGCUGAAGGCAAAUGCCUCCGGAGUGCACACGUCCGGGAUGGACUUAACAAGUCAGGAUGUGGGGGUUGAAGGCGGUGGCAGUUCCACAGGCAGCAGGAACCCAUCAGAGAGGAUAGAGCCGGAAGAGAGAAGCGAUCUUGGAACUACUGAGGAUCUUGGUUAUUUUUGACCCUUUCACUUGCAGGAAGCAGGGAUUGGGUCAAGUAACUGCAUCCAGACUGUGAGGAAAACAAAAUCAUGGAGAGUUUGCCCCAGGAGAGAGGCGAGCAUUACCUAGGAUCUAGUGUGGGCAACAGUCUGUGCAGUGUAGAUGAGAGAGAAGAAAACACAACAUGAGGGAAUGGUCAGGUAAGAAAGAACCAGAAGUCCAGGUUCUACUAUAGCAGGGACCCAAGUUGCUAACCUAUGUUCUUUGAUGUAGACUUGGUCUUUUAGGGUUUCUUUCUUCUCCCCAGCCUUGUCAUUUCAGCUAUCUGGCCUUGCCUGAGGAGGAAGAUCAGUUAAGUCCCAGGGCUCUCCUUGCCUGAUCUAGAGCUGUGCCAUGGCAGACACUGGAGAAGAGGAGACAAUGUCAGCAGAAGCCUCAGGAUUCUCGGACUUGAGUGACUCAGAGUUGCUAGAGUUUCUGGAUCUGGAAGAUGCCCAAGAGUCAAGUGCUUUACUAAACAUGCCUGGCCCUUCUUCUGAACCCGCUGGGAAGGAUGGCAAGCCCACAGACUUACUAAAAAACUGGAAAAGAGGACUGGAUGUCUCAUCACCCAUGGAGAGAUUCCAUCUUAAAUAUUUAUAUGUCACUGACUUGUCUACUCAGAACUGGUGUGAACUGCAAACAGCAUAUGGGAAGGAGCUUCCUGGUUUCUUGGCACAUGAAAAGGCUGCUGUUUUGGACACGGGGACCAGCAUCCACCUGGCUAGAGAACUAGAACUUCAUGAUCUUGUGACUAUCCCAGUCACCACUAAAGAAGAUGCUUGGACAGUUAAGUUUCUGAACAUGCUAUCAAUGAUUCCUACCCUGCAGUCAGAAGGGUGCAUCAGAGAGUUUCCAGUGUUUGCAGAAGUGGAGGGUGUGCUUCUUGUUGGAGUGAUUGAUGAGCUGCACUAUACAGCCAAGGGGGAAUUGGAACUAGCUGAACUCAAGACACGCAGGCGCCCCAUGCUUCCUCUGGAAGCUCAGAAAAAGAAAGACUGUUUUCAAGUCAGCCUAUACAAAUAUAUCUUUGAUGCCAUGGUACAGGGGAAAGUGACCCCCGCUAGCCUAAUCCACCACACAAAACUGUGUCCAGAAAAGCCACUGGGGUCUUCAGUGCUGAGGCAUGCCCAGCAGGGAGGCUUCUCUGUGAAGUCUUUGGGUGACCUCAUGGAACUGGUCUUCUUGUCUCUAACACUCUCAGACCUUCCAGUUAUUGAUAUCUUGAAGAUUGAGUAUAUUCACCAAGAGACUGCUACUGUGCUGGGUACAGAAAUUGUGGCCUUUGAAGAAAAGGAGGUGAGAAGCAAGGUGCAGCAUUAUAUGGCUUACUGGAUGGGCCACCGAGAGCCUCAGGGUGUUGAUGUGGAAGAGGCUUGGAAGUGCCACACAUGCAGCUAUGCAGACAUCUGUGAGUGGAGGAAGGGUGAUAGAGUGCCCCGCUCCACACUGGAGCCCCAAACCAAAAAAGCCAAAUGAAUAGAAGGAAUACUGUCAGAAGUAUUGAUCCUUCCUGAAGCUCCUGGGGUACCAAGGUAAAAGGGGACCAGUUGGUGAGCUUGGCUUUCAUAUUUCCAUAGCCUCUAAUAUUUGAAUCCAGCACUAAGGCUCAGGAAUGAGUGGGGGAAAUAAGGGGCUAUAUUAUCUCUGGAGUUUUGCUACGGAUUGCCAAGAAGACAGAUGCUCAUCAUAGCUGGAACAAAGGUAUCCUUCAGCAGACAUCACUUUCCUUAGAAAUUUCAGUUUCUGAUGGCUUCCUUAUUUUUUUAUCAAUCAAGGCAUUCUACAUUUUACAUAAUAAAAUGAAGUGCUAUCCAGAA